AUGUCUUCCACAAUCGCAUCGACUUCUAAUUCACAGGAGAUUGAUUUUGAUUCUAUCGACUUUGAAAAAAUUAACUUUGAACAAAUCGACGUUGAUAAGCUUGAUCUCGCCGAUUCUACGGUCAUCCUCUCGCUACUUCAGACCCCUCCUCGACCUGCAUUGAGCAUAUGGCCCGUAGAAAUUUGGACUCACAUAGUUUCGUAUAUUGAUGAUAUCCUUACACUGACUAGUUUGAAUUUAACAUGUAUGACCUUAAGAGAGAUAUCGCGAGUCCCCUUACUAUUAGAGUUAGUCCACAAACCACCCUUAGAUAGACUUUAUGAGUUGACCAAAAACAUGUUUUUGAAAGAGAAACAUAAAAAAGAGGGAAAAAAUGAUAGGGCGGAGAAUGAAUUAUUCAACAAAGAAAACAAUAAUAAUGAGAAUAUAAUUAUUAGGAAAGAGGGGAGAAAAGUGACCAACAAAGAAAGUUUUGAAGAAUUAAAAGAUGUCAUAUUCAAGAUGCACAAAUACAUUGAUCAAUUGGUGCUGGCCAAUGCAGGACCUGAGAAAUGGACAGAUAAUGUGUUUGAAUGGGUUGGAUAUGAUGAAAAGAAAGAUGUGACGGCAAAUCAGGAAAUGUUCAGGAGAGAGGUAGGUAGAAUUGGUAAGGCAAAGACGAAAGCCUUUGUUGAAUGGGAAGCGAGGGUAGAGAAUGAAAAGAAAGAAAUGAGGAGGGAACUUGCUAGGGUGUGGACUAUUUCUGGAAAGAUGUUUCCCUUCAGUCACGCAGAAAACAGGGAAUGGAAAAGAAAACGUCAGGAAAGAACAUUGAUUGAUGAGAACUUGUCUCCUCCGCCCCAAAAAGAAAACCGAGAAAAUGUUGCUUCGCAACAAAAAGAGAAUAACAAAAAUAUUCGAGAUCCGAGACAAUCUCAGUUAAAACCCAAACUCGCUGCAAAUUUUCAUAAUCGCAAUGGCGGUUCGUCAUCGACCGCAAGCUCGAGAUCGAAACCGAGACAUUCAGUCACAAAAUCAUCACCACCCCAAAAUUCCGUCAAACCCGACGAUUCAAAUGAGUCAUGGAAGUUUUCCCAUGAGAUUCGCAAUCAACUCAAGGCAAGACGUCCAAACACGGACAAAGGUGAGAAAGAGUUCGAGAAGAGAAUUCUAACACCAUUUGUUACACCAGUAUAUUUUAGCCACGGAGCAACAUUUGAAGGCUUAAAAAAUGAAGAUUUAACCUCUUUCAUGAUCAAAGUUACGAAAAGAUUUUGUGGAA